UGAUUCGGUAUCUGUUGAUGGAGUUUAUUAGGAUGCUAAUUGGAUUGAUACAAUAGGGUCUGGCUCGAAGACUUCGGAUAUUCGGCUUCAGAUGCUAAACUUUAGGGUGAGUAUGCCCUCACAUUCCACGGCUGGGACCUUUGGGCAUCUACCUUAGCGCCCUGCAGGGACUAUAGAGUCGUCGAGUAACAUGCUGGCUCUCAGAACAAGAGAGAGGGUGUUAAGCAUAGCCUCCCUGGCACAUUACUCAAAGGGGACUCGAAGCGGAUAGAGACGACAGCUGAGCUCGAAAGCUGAAUGGCAGCUCCCAAAGUCCCUAGUUCACCCCGGACAGUCGCUAGGAUGUGCCAAGACCUCCUCAUAACGUGGCUGCUGGCACCUAUCGCAGCUGUUCUCAUAACAGCAGUUGACGGGGGGUUCUUAUUAGCUCAAAGGCAUAGCCCGUGGGGUUGGCGUUGGCGGCUGAAGGUGGCGAUUUUGCACGAUCGAGAUACGAAGUACCAAGGCCUAUCCCGCCCCCCACAGAGUCCCCCUCCUCUCCACCGAGUCAAGAUGCUUGCAGAUGCCUAUCUCGAAACCCCUCGCGACUUCGGGAUUUCAAGACUGAAGCGGGGAAAACGGACGCACAAAAAAAGGGGGCCAGAAUGCUACUGCAUCAUGUCGAGGCAUGACUCGCCAAAGUAUAAUCUCACCAAACCUUUUGAGCAAGUGGAGAUUAGCAUUGGGUAUGUGCGCUCGCAUACGCAUCGCAUAUGUGUGCGUAUGAUAGUUUCCGCGCCGGGCCUUGUCGUGGCCACUGCAAGGUACGAAAACGUGUAUGUGACAGGAGGGGGGCCGGCUGGGAUCCACUAUGUAAUCGAGAUUUGGCAUAUCGGGAGCUAGGUUGUUUAGAGGAACUGUUGUUUUAUAUGUGUUGUUUUAUAUGUGUUGUUUUAUAUGUUUUGCGUGUUGAGCAUUUAGCAUCGCGAGGUUGACAUUCUAGAGGGACUUAUUAUCAGCGAUGGUUUUAUGUGGGA